CACCAUUCACCAUGCUUUUCCACUGCAUAAAGUUGUUAACAAACUCAAUACACAAAAAAGAACAUUGGAAAAACAAAUAAAUUCACCGACUCACGUGAUAACCCAUCGAACCAAGGGCAAAUCUUAGGACACGUGGUGUUAUUACAUUCCGUCAAAAUACCGUCAUUCAAUUUGUCCUUGGAUCUUCCCAGCCCAACCCAAACCAGCCCAACCCAGUAUAGCCCAUCCAAGCCCAGACCAGCCCAGCCCAAUUGUAUUUUCGGUUGGAUAAAAAAAUAUAUAAUAAAAAAUCUGCAAAAUUAUUUCCCACACUUCCUGUCACCCUCUCAUUCUCUAGAGUAUAAGCUCUGUAACAAUGGCGUUUUCUGUAAAAAUUGAACCUUCACUCUCUCUAUAUUCUCGAAAAACCACUUCCAGAUUUCCCUCUCAUCCUCUUCGCUCUUUCUCUUUCUCUCUCCCUCUUCAACCUUCUCACAAUUUCAUCUCUCUCACUAAAAUGUUGUCGCAUUCUCAUUCCGCCAUUAAAGCUUCUUCAUCAUCUCCUUCCACCUCCACUAUACUUGAAUCUCAAAAUUUCUCGAUAAAAAUGGUGCCGACGAAACCUUAUGAUGGCCAGAAAACCGGCACCAGCGGUCUCCGGAAGAAGGUUAAAGUGUUUAUGCAAGAGAAUUACCUUGCCAAUUGGAUACAGGCAUUGUUUAAUUCACUGCCAUCAGUGGACUAUGUGAAUGGGGUGUUAGUUCUUGGUGGCGAUGGUCGGUACUUCAACAAAGAGGCUGCACAGACAAUUAUCAAAAUCGCGGCAGCCAAUGGGGUUGCAAAAAUACUAGUUGGGCAGGAUGGUAUUUUGUCAACACCAGCAGUUUCUGCUGUGAUUAGAAAGAGGAAGGCCAAUGGUGGUUUUAUAAUGAGUGCAAGUCAUAAUCCUGGUGGACCCGAUUAUGAUUGGGGAAUCAAGUUCAACUACAGCAGUGGGCAACCUGCACCUGAAUCCAUCACUGACAAGAUAUACGGCAACACACUUUCUAUCUCUGAAAUUAAGAUGGCAACCGUUCCUGAUGUAGAUCUUUCUUGUGUUGGAGUUACGAAAUUUGGCAACUUCGUUGUUGAAGUAGUUGACCCAGUUGCGGACUAUAUGGAGCUGAUGGAGAGUGUUUUUGAUUUUCAGCUUAUUGGAAGUCUUCUAUCACGGUCAGAGUUCAGGUUCACAUUUGAUGCCAUGCAUGCAGUUACCGGAGCCUAUGCAAAACCAAUCUUCGUAGAAAAGCUGGGUGCCAGUCCGGAAUCAAUAACAAAUGGGGUUCCUCUGGAAGACUUUGGCCAUGGCCAUCCAGACCCUAACCUCACUUAUGCUAAGGAUUUGGUUGACAUAAUGUACGGUGAGAAUGGACCUGACUUUGGGGCUGCUAGUGAUGGUGAUGGGGAUAGAAAUAUGAUUCUGGGUAGAAGUUUCUUUGUUACACCUUCAGAUUCAGUUGCUAUAAUUGCAGCAAAUGCUCUAGAAGCAAUUCCAUACUUCCGUGAUGGAAUUAAGGGUUUGGCUCGAUCCAUGCCUACAAGUGGUGCACUUGAUCGUGUUGCUGAAAAAUUGAAACUUCCCUUUUUUGAGGUUCCCACUGGCUGGAAGUUCUUUGGUAAUCUCAUGGAUUCUGGGAAAUUGUCAAUCUGUGGUGAAGAGAGUUUUGGUACUGGUUCUGAUCACAUUCGUGAAAAGGAUGGCAUAUGGGCUGUUUUAGCCUGGAUGUCAAUCAUCGCUUACAGAAACAAGGAGACAAAACCUGGGGAAAGACUUGUUUCCGUCUCAGAUGUAGUCAAAGAAUAUUGGGCAACUUAUGGGAGGAAUUUUUUCUCCAGAUAUGAUUAUGAAGAGUGUGAAUCUGAAGGUGCUAAUAAGAUGGUUGACCAUCUCAGAGACUUGAUAUCAAGAAGCAGGGAAGGAGAUAGAUAUGGGGAAUAUGUCCUUCGAUUUGCAGAUGACUUCAGCUACACAGAUCCUGUUGAUGGAAGUGUGGCAUCAAAGCAAGGUGUUCGCUUUGUGUUUUCUGAUGGGUCACGAAUAAUAUUUCGUUUAUCGGGUACUGGUUCUGCAGGUGCAACAAUUAGAGUAUACAUUGAGCAAUUUGAGCCUGAUGCCUCUAAACACGAUUUGGAUGCCCAAAUAGCAUUAAAACCGUUGAUAGAUCUUGCAUUAUCUAUAUCGAAGCUGAAGGACUUCACUGGAAGGGAGAAGCCUACUGUCAUCACAUAAUCCAAAAAGUAUAGGCAAGUUUAGAUUCAUUCCUGAUUCCCCAUCAUACAGGUAUCCUAGCUAAGUUGGGCUUUCCACUCAAAAAAAAAGUUUGUUUAAAAUAUAGUGUGAAGUAUAAUAUUAUUUGAAUUGGAAUAAAACAUAACUGAAUGUGUUCAGAUAAUAUCAAGAAUAAGCUAUUCCAUGUAUAAUUAUGUAGGCUGUUUUUGUAUAAUAUUCACAAUUGAAAAAUCAAUGAAUUAAUCUUCAAUAGUUUCGCAAGCUGAGCUGCUGAGGUAUAUACAUGCCUGGUGGAUGUGCAUUUUGUAUUUCUUAA